CACUUCGUGGAUGCAGUUGGAUUUUGGGAAAACGUCAAAAAAUACAAAAAGUCGUAAAAGCACUAGCACUUUAAAGAAAAUAUAUUGACUGACUAGUUUAACAUAAUUAAUUGUUUAAAAUUAGUAAUAAUUUUAAGUGAAGAUGGCGGAUUCCAACAAUUCAACAGCGAAGUCUAAAGAGACAUUAGGCUCAGUAUUUACGUUGAACGAUUUCAACUCACGCACACAAUUAACCGACAAAGCACAACUGGAUGAUGUAUACAACACGGCAGACUAUAGAGACCAAGUUAAGGGUCAAACCUCAAUUGGCGCAUUUAUGCAUUUUCUGAAGGGUUCAUUGGGCACUGGUAUUCUGGCAAUGCCGAUGGCUUUUAAAAAUGCCGGCUUGAUGUUCGGUCUAAUUGCUACGAUGGUGCUGGGCUUUCUCUGUACGCAUUGUGUGCAUAUAUUGGCAAAAACGUCACAGGAUAUCUGCAAGGACAUCAGAGUACCGGCGUUGGGCUUCUCUGAAACCGCUGAAAAAGUAUUCGAAAAUGGACCAAAACGUUUGCGCUCAUGGUCAGCAUUUACAAAACUUUUCGUCGAUUACGGUCUCAUGGCAACAUAUUACGCAACCGCUUGUGUUUACAUUGUGUUUAUUGCCACAUCGUUUCAUGACGUCCUCAACUAUGACACUGGUCUGAAUUGGGAUAUACGCAUUUAUAUUGCGAUGACUGUAAUACCUUGCCUAUUCAUUGGGCAGAUAAGGAAUUUGAAAUUGCUUACACCGUUAUCGGUGUUGGCGAACUGCUGCAUUGUGGUCACAUUCAUAAUAGUUAUAUAUUAUCUAUUUAGUGGACCGUUAGUUUUCGCCGAUAAACCAUUGAUUGCGAGUGCGACACAGAUUCCACUUUACUUUGCCACCGUCAUCUUUGCCAUGGAGGGUAUUGGUACUGUUAUGCCAAUCGAAAAUUCGAUGAAGAAGCCACAACAGUUUUUGGGUUGCCCUAGUGUGUUGAACUUAGCUAUGAUUAUUGUUGUUUCGUUAUAUGCCAUAAUCGGCUUCUUUGGAUAUGCGCGUUAUGGUGAGGGUGUACGUGGCAGCAUUACAUUGAAUUUAGUGGAGGGCACAAUCGCCGGCGAUGCUGCAAAAUUGUUGAUGGCCAUGGCCAUUCUGUUGACAUAUGGCCUAGUCUUAUACAUACCUAAUGACAUACUUUGGCGUAAGAUCAGCCACAAAUUCGAUAAAGCAAAUCAUAAUAUAAUACAAAUAACUUUACGCACCGCCAUUGUGCUGAUAAGUGGCAGUAUUGCUGCAGCUAUACCUAAUCUGGAACCUUUCAUCAGUCUCGUGGGCGCAAUCUUCUUCUCUUUACUAGGUAUCUUUGUGCCUAGCGCCUGUGAGACAGUGUAUUUAUGGCCCGAUCGCUUGGGCUUUUGCAAGUGGAAACUGUGCAAAAAUAUAUUUUUAAGUGCAUUUGCCGUAUGCGCACUAGUUGCAGGCGCUACAGCGAGUAUAAACGAAAUAAUUAAAAUAUAUGUAUAAUAAAAAUUAGUGUAUAAAAACUAUAAACGAGCUAAGCUGUAAAUAUGUACUUCAAUAAGAUUCAAGCAAAAUACAAUAUUUGUAUUCAAGUUUCAGCACACUUACGUUGUUAUGUACCUGUAAUAUUUAAAAUAAU